AUGGCCAUAUCAACAAGCAUCGCAGUUGGACUAGCCAGCGCCGUUGGACAGGCAACUAGCUUUACUCUCUUCAUAUAUUUCAGUCCUCCAAAUCUUUUGCAUAAAUCUCUAUCGAUUCUUCUCACUGACGGGGAAUUAUGUUGGUACCAAGGUCAUCAAUUUUGUGCUAUCUUGUCUUUCUUCUUUACAUUCAUAUUCAGUAUGAGUGUCAUACCACGUGUAUUGAGAAUCAGGGGUGAGAAAGGCGACCGAAGCGAACACGAAGACGCAUUGGAGGCGAAGACAAAAGAUAAGACAGAAGAGGAACCAAAGACGACCAAAAUGGAAAGCGAAAAGAAUAGAAUCAAAGAAGCGAGAUCCUCAAAAAUCCAACAAUCCUCUGAGGAAGUGAAAGAGACAGACAAACCCUCCAAUUAUGACGAGCUUGUGAAAAUACGUGUGGAACUUGUCAAUACCAAAAUCGCAUUAGAGAAGGAGCAAGAACGAGUAAACCGCAUCGAACAAGUGAUGGAGUCGCUUCAGGCACAAGUUGGUGUCUUGCAAGCCAGAUUGACAGUUAAAGAUGCAGAAGCUAAGAAUGAACGCAAAAUGGUAGAGGCGAUGGAGGAGGAUCGCGAGGGACGAGCUGAUCUUUUGGAAACGGGAAUGAUGACGCUAGAGGCAAAAAUUGAGGAAGUUUUAGAGAGGUUGGAUGAGAAUGAUAAGAGUCAUGAGGCAAUCGGAGAGUGGGUUGAGAAAUUCAAUAGCGAAGGAGCAAAGACCAAGGGGGAGCUCAAGAGAUUCGAUCGUGUUGAUAAAGAGAUCAAUGGAGUGUAUCGUCAUUUGAGAAAGGAAGUCCGUAAAAUUCAGGAAACCGCAAAAGAUAAUUUCGAGGAGCUUAGGGCAGAAGUGGAGGCCGUUGAGAAACAUUGGAUGGAGGAGUUGCAGAGGAUAGAUGAUAAUAGACAAAGUAGAGAGUGGGAUCUCAGAGGGGAGAUUAAAACUGAAAUCAAAAAUGAUUUGAGAAGAGAACAGGAGAUAAAGGAGAUUGAUGAGUUGUGGGAAAAGAGAUGGGGUCCAGGAGGGGUUACCGAGGAACAAUUGAUAGCAUACCAUGAAGCUCAAGAUAAGAUGGAGGCGGAAGUCUCAAAUAUAGAGCGCUCCUCGCACGCAGACGCCGAGGCUGUAGAGACCAGAGUCAAGCAAAAGAUGGUAGAAAAUCUGGAUGGCGAAAAGAAGCAAGAAGCAGAUCCACUGGUCGAAAGUGAGACGCCGAUUCAAGAGAAAAAAUAUCCUUCUCACAAGGCUAUGGAACAUGCUAUGCAUUCCUCCCUCGAUCAAGAAAGAGAUGCGGAAAUGAAAGAUGUCGAGCAAGGGACAGAUGGAGUCAUGGAAGAUAUCACGCAUGAACUCGAGGACGGAGCUGAGGUUGAGGAGAAAGGCGAUAUUUUAGACGAGGAGUGGACUGAGCUUCGAUAUUAG